AUGGAAGUUGGCAUUUCAAGAUGGAAAUCAAAAUUGAUUCUAUUUUUCCAUCUCUUAAUUCUGCAAAUGGAACUUUGUAUUAUUUCAAGAUUUGUGAUGUGGUGCGAUGUGGUGACUGAACUUUGUAUUAUUUCAACUUUGGCUGGACUGAUUGGUGUGCAUGUAGUGACUGAAAUCACUGGACUGAUUGAAGUUUCAUGUGGUGGGUGUUUUGUUGUGAAUGUUGGUAGCUAUUAUCUAUUGAGAAUGCUGGGAUAUAAAAUGGUUCAAGGGUUAUUUUUGCUUGAUUUCGGUUAUCCGUUCGGUUCGGUUACUACCCGAUAUCGGUUCGGUUCGGUUAUGGUUACCCAAUUCCCUCCCCGUUCGGUUAUCGGGGCGGAUAUGGGUGGUACUUCGGUUUCGGGUAUCGGGUACGGAAUACCCAAUAUCCGCCCCGUUUGCCCCGAAUGCCAUCCCUAUGUCCGGUUCUUCAGAAAACCACCGCCCCAAAAGGCUAUUUUGUCCUCCCAAAUUUACAACCAUGCCAUUAAUGGAGCUUUUUACUUAAAUUCGUGCUUACAUUUGGGAUUGUCCAUUGAAGUGUUCAUAUUGAAUGAAGCUUUCACUCAAACUAGGACGAGUUUGACAGGUAGACGCAUACCCCUGAUAGUUUAUCCAAUUCCAUGUAGGAUAUGUUACCAUCAUCAUCAUGGUUGUCGUCAUCAUCAUCGUCAUCUCCUUCUCCUCUCACAUUUUAUUUUGGAUAUACUGGCUGCAGAACCUUUGUGGGAGUUUUUUCCAUCUGCAAAAUCUUUCUUUACCGUAGAUAAAUUAUGCAAAAGAAGAAUUCAGACUCUGCAUGAAUCGAGUGAACAAGCCGACAAAGAUGAGGAAAGCCAUAAAGCUUCUAGUUUGAGGUCGGAUUCUGGCUCAUCAAAACCUCUCUCCAAUCCAACCGAUAAUGACCAAUGGGCCGGAUUCCAACUCACCAAAACUCUCUCCAACCAAAUCAAUAAUGACAAUUCUGCUGUGAAAUUUAGUGCCACCUCCAAAUUGAAGGUAUCCGCUCGUCACGAUCUUGCGAUGGUCUUUACUUGCAAGGUCUGUGAAACAAGAUCAAUCAAGACUAUGUGUCGUGAAUCGUAUGAGAAAGGCGUGGCGGUGGCUCGGUGUGGUGGUUGCAACAAUCUACACCUGAUUGCAGAUCAUCUGGGGAUGUUUGGACUACCUGGGAGCAUUGAGGACGUCCUGGCUGCUCGGGGGGAGGAAGUGAGAAGAGGUUCUGUUGACACCCUAAAAAUAACAGUGGAAGAUUUGGCUGGAAAGGAAUUUACCAAAAAAGAUGGAUAGAAUAGAAUGUGUAAUGGAUGCUCUGCUGUAACUGUCUCGGGCAGUUCCAAAAUGUGUGAGGGGAGCUGUGGGGCCGCUAAUGUGGGACUACUAGCUAGGGUGGGAAAGACAACCUCUCUCGACAUGUUUUUGGGUAUCCAGAUUUCAGACAAUUGCUGGAGAGGAACCAAAAACCUUAGGCAAUCCGGUUUCAGGCUGUGUGUGAUAUGAAAUCACUCUGUUUGUUUGUUGUAUCUUCUUCUGUAAUAAGUGGACUUCUUGUGCUCUUGUUUUCUCAUUUUGUACUGGUUUCUUCUGUAAAUAC